UUACGUCACACGCAUCGGCACGGUUUCUGGGAGCGGACCGUGCGUUUAGCGAGAAGCACAAAGUGCACUAGUGCUGAAUGUGUGUGGCGUAAGACGAUGAAAAUUCAGCGAAAAGCACUGAAAGUACACGCGUGAUAAGGGCAGCACCAGCAAUCAACCGACCGUCGCUUCCACCUCGAUAGAUACGGCAGCCAGCAACGUGCGUUAGAAUGCAUCAGCUGUACGCUGCUACCGGCAGGAUGGUGCCGAUGCUGCUGUCCCGCAGUGCGGCCCGAGCCGUACCGAGUUCGCUGCGUGCCUACUCGGCCCGGCGGCCCGGCUUCUUCAGCCAGGUGGUCGACAACAUCAAGCAGGAGAUGGAGAAGAACAAGGAGAUGAAGGAGAACCUGAAAAAGUUCCGCGAGGAGGCGCAAAAGCUCGAGCAGUCGGACGCGCUGAAGGCGGCCCGGCAAAAGUUUAACACGGUCGAGUCGGAAGCGUCCAAGAGCAGCGAGGUGCUGAAGGAGAACCUGGACAAGGUGCGGGGUCGGCUGACGGAAGCGCUGGAUGAGGCGGCCCGCACCGAUCUGGCCCGCAAGGCGGGCAAGCUGGGCGAGGAGCUGGGCAAAACGGCCCGCGGCAUGGGCGAAACGCUCGCCGAGAAGGGGCAGGUGAUUGGGCAGUCCGGCGCCUUCCGGGGCAUCAGCGAGACGGCCAAGGUGGUGCGGCAGGAGAUGGACAACCAGAGCAUCGAGGCGCGGGUGUACCGCAGCCCGGAGAAGCUGCGCAAGCGGGUGGAGGUGUCGCUCGCGUCCGAUCCGUCGCGGGCGGUCGAGCCGAACGCGGAAGCGACCGGGGUCGAGCUGCACAAGGACAGCAAGUUCUACCAGUCGUGGGAGGACUUCAAGAACAACAACCAGUACGUGAACAAGGUGCUCACGUGGAAGAUGAAGUACGACGAGUCGGAAAACCCGAUGAUCCGGGCGUCCCGGCUGCUGACCGACAAGGUGAGCGACAUCAUGGGCAACCUGUUCUCGAAGACGGAGCUGUCCGAGACGCUCACCGAGAUAUGCAAGAUCGAUCCGAGCUUCGACCAGAAGCAGUUCCUGCGCGACUGCGAGAACGACAUCAUCCCGAACGUGCUGGAGGCGAUCGUGCGCGGCGAGCUGGAGGUGCUGCGCGACUGGUGCUUCGAGAGCACGUACAACAUCAUCGCGACGCCGAUCGCGCAGGCGCAGAAGGCCGGCUGCCGGCUCGACUCGAAGAUACUGGACAUCGAGAACGUCGAUCUGGCGAUGGGCAAGGUGAUGGAGCAGGGCCCGGUACUGAUCGUCACGUUCCAGACGCAGCAGAUCAUGUGCGUGCGGGACGGCAAGGGCGCGGUGAUCGAGGGCGACCCGGAGAAGGUGAUGCGGUGCCACCACGUGUGGGUGCUGUGCCGCGACCCGAACGAGCUCGACCCGAAGGCGGCCUGGCGGUUAAUGGAGAUGUCCGCCAACAGUACGGAACAGUUUGUGUAGGAGAGCUAGAGAGCCCUGUAAAGUCAUCCCCCGUUUCCCAACCGUUUCCCCCCAAUGACUCGAGUCGCUAGUGUGAAUGUGUGCAUGUGCGAAGGGGCGCGAACAUAAAAAAUACCUUCAAACGGACAUUCUGCGACAAACGUUCCUUUCUCAGCUGUGAUCGCACGUUGUGUUCGCAACUCCCUUUGCUCAGUGUGUGUGCGUGCGUGUGUGUGUGUGAGAGAGAGAGAGAGAGAGAGAGAGAGAGAUGUGUUGGAAUGCUUGCGUGCAUUGGUGGCCCACCUAGAAGCUAUAGCGAUUUUGUAUAGGUUUUUCGCGUGCAGGCGUAAAGCAAAGGCGCUAUCGCCAACGUUCCCGGCCAAUUGUCGGUAGUCGAAGCUGAACGGACCGACCCCCCGGGCUGAGGGAUCGCGGGGAGCUGAUCUUCCGCACCCGUAGUGUCUUGUCGCAUGCUGUACGUUGACAUGUUGGAAGAAGAAAAUGGUUCAAAUGGAAUAUCUUACGUUAUAGUGUUUAAAAUGGCUCAUUCGAUGCUGAACCACGAGCGCGGCAUGGCGGAUGGCAGUAGGCAAUAAAGCGAUGUAAAGGCCGGUUGUACGAACGAAA